GCGCGCGGCCGGCGCCAUGCUCUUCUCGCUGCGGGAGCUGGUGCAGUGGCUGGGCUUCGCGCCCUUCGAGAGCUUCGUGCACCUGCUGGCCCUGCUGGUGUUCUCCGUGCUGCUGGCGCUGCGCGCCGACGGCCUGGCGCCCGGCCUGUCCUGGUGGAACGUGUUCGUGCCGCUGUUCGCCGCCGACGGGCUGAGCGCCUACUUCACCACCAUCGUGUCCGUGCGCCUCUUCCAGGACGGGGAGAAGCGGCUGGCCGUGCUGCGCCUGUUCUGGGUGCUCACGGUGCUAAGCCUCAAGUUCGUCUUUGAGAUGCUGCUGUGCCAGAAGCUGGUGGAGCAGACCCGGGAGCUGUGGUUCGGCCUCAUCGCGUCGCCCGUCUUCAUCCUGCUGCAGCUGCUCAUGAUCCGCGCCUGUCGGGUCAACUAGCCCCGCGGCGGGGGUGCGUGCCCGGGCCUGUGGGCCGGCUAGUCCCGCGCCGGGAGUGCGGGACCCCGAGCCCGGGGCGUGGGCCAGCCGGGGCCCCACCUCCGCCCGCUGCACCAGAGACAGCGCCUGCUCCUGCCUAGCCGAGCGGCCACUUUGCUGCCCAGAAGUCGUGGCUGACAUUGCUUCUCCCGUUAGCUCGGGGCCUGCACAGCAGCUGCCCCGCUGGACUCAGGGACUUCCUGGCCCGGCUGUGCUGACCCAAGAGCUCCAGUCGCACCGUGCUGUCCAGGCUGUGUGAGAUGGUGGAUCUCCUGCCUGAUGUCCUUUCUCCAUCCCGGCCACCACGCAGGGCCUGAAGGACGUCAGACCGCGUCCGCUGUCAGCUGGGAGCAUCGCUCUGCCGUGGGGUUGGCCGAGAGGAACAGGUGCCCGGUGCCCUGAGGAUUGAGACCUGCAGGUGGGAAGCGGGGUGGCCGGCUCUGUCGGCCGCGGUCUUUGGUCUGACGCAGUUGGGUGCCAAGUGGGAACAUCUGCGAUAAAAAUAAAAGAGAAUCUUUCCGGAAA